AUGGAUACUUUAAGAAUUGCAGUAAAUGGUGUUUCUUAUACCGAGGCAUCAGAGAUCUACAAACCACAUGCUGAUCCGUUCACUGGUCCAAUAACAAAUCUUGCACCUUGGAAUUUCGCAGUUUUGGCUACCUUGAUGUUUGUUAUAACAUCUCUGUCUCUCUUUGAAAAUUUCACUGUUAUGUUGGCCACUUACAAGUUCAAACAACUGAGACAGCCCUUAAAUUAUAUCAUAGUUAAUUUAUCUCUCGCUGACUUCCUUGUGUCACUCACCGGUGGAACCAUAAGUUUUCUAACUAACGCCAAAGGGUAUUUUUUCCUUGGAAAUUGGGCUUGCGUUUUGGAAGGUUUCGCUGUCACCUAUUUCGGGAUUGUGGCUAUGUGGUCCCUGGCGGUCCUGUCCUUCGAGCGCUACUUUGUGAUCUGCCGGCCUCUGGGGAAUGUCCGUCUGAGGGGGAAGCAUGCAGCGCUGGGCCUGCUGUUCGUCUGGACCUUCUCCUUCAUCUGGACUAUCCCUCCUGUGUUUGGCUGGUGCAGCUACACCGUCAGUAAGAUCGGCACCACCUGCGAGCCCAAUUGGUAUUCCAACAACAUUUGGAAUCACACCUACAUCAUCACCUUCUUUGUGACCUGCUUCAUAAUGCCCUUGGGGGUGAUCAUCUACUGCUAUGGGAAGCUCCUACAGAAGCUGAGGAAGGUGUCCCAUGGCAGGCUGGGUAAUGCCAAGAAACCGGAGCGCCAGGUGAGCCGCAUGGUGGUGGUGAUGAUCGUCGCUUACCUGGUGGGCUGGACACCCUACGCAGCCUUCUCCAUCAUUGUCACAGCCUGUCCCACCAUCUACCUGGACCCCAGACUGGCUGCCGCGCCCGCUUUCUUCUCCAAGACGGCCGCAGUCUACAACCCAGUCAUCUACGUCUUCAUGAACAAACAGUUCAGGAAGUGUCUGAUCCAGCUCUUUACCGGCAAGCCUGCGCCAGAGAACAUGAACGCAACAUCGCAGCGACCGGGAAUGACGGGGGAGAGCUGCACGGGGGGCGAGAUGUCAGCCAUCGCCGCCCGCAUCCCGGUCUGCGGCAAUGCUCAGCCUAAGAAUGAGGAGGAGUCCCCGAGCGAGUGCAGCACCGUCGCCCAGCUACCGAUCCCAGAGAACAAAGUCUGUCCCAUGUAGGCCAACAGAAGACCCCCCCCCUCCACCUCCAGUCCUC